AUGGCCCACCUCGGCCUUCUGCAGAAAGUGCAUCCAUCACGUGGCGGGGAUCAGACGAGCGGGGGGUUCACCUAUCGGACCACAUGGGCUGAGGUGGCGUCUCGUGCAUCCGAAGGCUGCCGUUGGUGCCAACUCGUAUAUGCAACCAAGGAGGAAGAAGAAGAGCCAGGGCCCGAGUCCCCUCUGAGAAUUGUGGUCGGAAGUCAAGGGUGUCUUCAAAAUUGCACGCCAAAGGGCACCCAGGAUCUCUCCGUCUUUAUCGACGAUACCCUGCACUUCAUCGGCUAUGUGUACACAACUGCUGAUGAUCCUGCAGCUCAGUACAUUGUCGCAAGGAAUCGCGUUCUCGAUGUUGGGACUACCAAGUCGCUCGCUCUUGCAAAGCAAUCCCUCGACGAGUGCAUCUACACUCAUAACUCCUGUCCUCGACCCCUAGCCCUCCCACCCUUUCUACCCACGCGCUUGAUCGACUGUAGUAACGUCGCACAUCCUCGUCUGAUAGCAACAGAUGGGACUCGUGGUAGCUAUGCCGCACUUAGCUACGUAUGGGGCGAGCCGCAGCCGCACAGCACGACCGUGUCGAACUUGGAGACAUACCUUAAAUUCAUUGACCCGGAGCACCUUCCACAGACAAUUCUCG